UGCUGUUGGCUGCUGAUGUUACUGGGAAAGUGCAAUGUUGUGCCAACCGCCAGUGGAAUAAAUAUAACCGUGGGAAUACAGGUGAUUUUGCUCAUCAUCUCCCACCACUUCCUCCUCCCGUCUUCCAUUCAUGAGCAGCGUGGCUGAAUUUAACAGCGGCAGCCAUGGAUGACAAGGGCUCGGUGGGGAAGAUUAGCGUGUCUUCGGACUCAGUGUCCACUCUCAACAGUGAGGACUUUGUCCUUGUGUCCCGGCUGGGGGACGAGACACCCUCCUCCACUAAUAAUGGUAGUGAUGACGAAAAGACAGGACUGAAGGUGAUUUCUGAGGAAGGGGUCAGCUUUAAGAUUGUGGGGAAUGGAAGUGAGCAGCAGCUCCAGAGGGAGUUAGAAGAUGUCCUCAUGGACCCGUCGGUAGCUGACACUGGGACCGCAUCAGAAGCAGGAAUGGACAGCCUUGGCAGGGGCGACCAUGGCCACCUUCCUACCACAGCGUCACCUGUACCGCCGGGCUCUGACCCGCUGAGCGCACCGCCGCCCAAGUUGGAGAUGGUGCUUCCUGUUCAGACGGCGCAGGAGAGCGAGCUGAACGAGAGGUCGUACAGAGGAGAUGAAUCGUCAUCAGAAGGCAGCCCAAGCAGUCCAAUUCCAGAUGAGGACAGCGUUGUGUUCAGCCAGCUGACAUAUCUCGGGUGUGCCUCGGUCAAUGCCCCCCGGAGCGAGGUGGAGGCCCUGCGUAUGAUGAGUAUUCUGAGAGGGCAGUGCCAACUCCCCCUGGAUGUCACGCUGUCUGUGCCAGGAGUGUCUGAAGGCACUGUCAGGUUGUUGGACCCCCACAACAGUACUGAGAUUGCCAACUACCCUAUCUACAAGAUUCUGUUCUGUGUACGAGGCCACGACGGGACACCGGAGAGCGACUGCUUUGCCUUCACUGAGAGCCACUACAAUGCCGAGAUCUUCAGGAUCCAUGUGUUCCGCUGCCAAAUACAAGAGGCGGUGAGUCGGAUACUGUACAGUUUUGCCACAGCCUUUCGGCGGUCAGCGAAGAAGGCAGUUCUGUCGUCUCAGCAGUCUGCGCCGCUCACCCCCGACAGCGACUUGUUUACUUUCACCGUCAGCCUGGAGAUCAGGGAGGAUGAUGGCAAGGGUACAUUCAGCGCGGUAGCAAAAGACAAGGACAAACAGAGCUUCAAGCUGCGCGCAGGCCUCGACAAGAAAAUUGUCAUUUAUGUUCAGCAGACCUCCAACAAAGAAUUGGCCAUCGAGAGGUGUUUUGGACUCCUGCUCAGCCCGGGGAAAAAUGUGAAGAACAGCGACAUGCACCUGCUCGACCUGGAGUCAAUGGGAAAGAGCUCAGACGGGAAGUCUUACAUCAUCACAGGAAGUUGGAACCCCAACACGCCUCAGUUCCAGGCUGUGAAUGAGGAAACGCCCAAAGAUAAAUUCAUGUACAUGACGACAGCAGUGGACCUUGUGAUCACGGAGGUCGAGGAGCCGGUCCGUUUCCUUUUAGAGACGAGGGUCAGAGUGUGCUCCCCAAAUGACAGGCUGUUCUGGCCCUUCAGCAAGCGUAGCUACACUGAGACCUUCUACCUUAAACUGCGACAGAUGGAGCGUAAAGAACGUAAGAGCCCCGCUUCGGACACACUUUACGAGGUGGUGAGUUUGGAAAGUGAAACCGAGAGAGAAAAAAGGAAGACCACAGCCAGUCCCAACAUCCUGCCCGGCGGCCCUGGAACUAUGGUUCCUUCCCCACCUGAGGACGACGAAGACGAAGAUAAUGACGAGCCCUUACUCAGCGGGUCAGGCGACGUUUCAAAGGAGUGUGCGGAGAAGAUCCUGGAGACCUGGGGAGACUUACUGUCCAAGUGGCAUAUGAACUUAUCAGUGCGUCCCAGACAGCUGCCGGCUUUGGUGCGGAGCGGCAUUCCCGAGGCGCUCCGUGGGGAGGUUUGGCAGCUCCUGGCCGGCUGCCACAACAACGACCACCAGGUAGAGGAGUACCGCACUCUCAUCACAAAGGAGUCUCCUCAGGACAGUGCCAUCACCAGGGACAUUAACAGGACGUUUCCUGCGCACGACUACUUCAAAGACACUGGAGGAGACGGACAAGACUCGCUGUACAAAAUCUGCAAGGCUUACUCUGUUUACGAUGAGGAGAUUGGCUACUGCCAGGGACAGUCCUUCUUGGCCGCAGUGCUGCUGCUGCACAUGCCAGAGGAGCAGGCGUUCAGUGUGCUGGUCAAGAUCAUGUUUGAUUACGGGCUCAGGGACCUUUUCAAGCAGAAUUUUGAGGAUCUGCAUUGCAAGUUCUUUCAACUUGAAAGGCUCAUGCAGGAAUACAUACCAGACCUGUAUAACCAUUUCCUGAAUGUGGGUCUGGAGGCCCAUAUGUACGCCUCUCAGUGGUUCCUCACCCUCUUCACAGCCAAGUUCCCUCUUUACAUGGUCUUCCACAUAAUUGACCUGCUACUGUGCGAGGGCAUUAGUGUGAUCUUCAAUGUAGCCUUGGCACUUCUGAAGACAUCAAAAGAUGAUCUAAUCCAAACAGACUUCGAGGGGGCACUCAAAUUCUUUCGUGUCCCAGUUCCGAAGAGGUACCGCUCGGAGGAAAACGCAAAGAAACUGAUGGAGCUGGCCUGUAGCAUGAAGAUCAGCCAGAAGAAGCUGAAGAAAUUCGAGAAGGAGUACCACACCAUUCGAGAGCAGCAGGAGCAACAGGAGGCCCCCAUCGAGAGAUACGAGCGGGAGAAUCGCCGGCUGCAAGAGGCCAACAUGCGCUUGGAGCAGGAGAAUGACGACUUGGCACACGAGCUAGUUAGCAGCAAGAUCGCUCUGCGCAAAGACCUCGACAACGCCGAGGAGAAGGCAGACGCCCUGAAUAAAGAGUUGUUGCUGACCAAACAGAAACUGGUGGACUCGGAGGAUGAGAAGAGACGGCUGGAAGAGGAGUCCGCACAGCUGAAGGAGAUGUGCAGACGAGAGCUCGAUAAGUCUGAGUCAGAGAUUAAGAAGAACGGUUCCAUCAUUGGAGAAUACAAGCAGAUCUGCUCCCAGCUGAGUGAACGAUUAGAGAAACAACAGACAGCCAACCGAGGAGAGCUGGAGAAGAUCCGGUCCAAAGUCGAAGGCUGUGAGAAGUGCAGCAGCCUUUUCAACAAAGAGGGUCGCGUCCGGGCCGCGGUGACGUCGACGCCCGCGGGGGGAACCGAGGAGAUGGAUGAGGAGAAGGAGGGUCUGAAGAACCAGCUGAGGGAGAUGGAGCUGGAGCUGGCCCAGACCAAACUGCAACUUGUGGAGGCUGAGUGCAAAAUCCAGGACCUGGAGCACCAUCUGGGUCUGGCUCUCAACGAGGUGCAGGCCGCCAAGAAGACCUGGUUCAACCGAACGCUCAGCUCCAUCAAGACCGUCACCGGGACCCAGGGCAAGGAGACCACCUAACUGAAUAACCCCCCCCCCUUCCAUCCAGCCAGUUUUAACCAGUGUGGAGCUCGGAGCGACUCAUCACGCUGAAACCUCUGGACCCCUUAACCCGCCGGGCCAUAACUUUAAACAUUAACCGUUAAAUCCCAGGAUCACCUUUGCUACAGACUCGUGUUACUCUUAUUAAAAAAAAAAGCCCUCGUGUUUCCUUCGUCCCACCCGAUCCAAACUACUUCAACCUCCCUCCUCCUCCUCCUCCUCCGCCCCGAAUGACUACAGCCGACCGAUGCUGAUGAGAAGGGGUCGAAAAACACAAGAUGAAGUUCUCCCACAGAGACGAUGUGCUUCCACCGGUCACCGAAAGACACACAAAAAAAUAAUAAUAAUAAUAAGAGAAAUGCUUCAUUGAUUUCUGUCUUUGUACUGCUGAUAUUAAAGACCCACAGAAGGAAGGUAAGGACAUCAGAACUGCAGCUGUCCUCACGGGAUAGAGAAGAAAACACUCCGUCCUUCCUUACCGCUCUGUGCGCUCCCCCCCUACCUUAAACUACUGGCACAAACCAACCGGUCCCUGUACAUUAACCGUUUUUUGUUUGUUUUAGGUACGAGAGCUAAUAGACGCCUUUUCGAAAACUGAGCUUUUUUCUAAUUUACGUUGAACAGUACCUUUUCUUUUUUCUAUGUAUGUUCACGAAUGUGCUCAUGUAAAGAGGAUGUGUGUGUGUAAGUGCGCAUGUUUGUUUUUCUUUUCUUUUUUUGUGUGUUUCGACUGUGAGGCGUGUUUGGGAGAAAAAAAAUGUUCAUAAAUAUUUGACUGAAAACGUGUCGUGUAAAAACUGUGUGUGCAGGAGAAAAGCGACGGCGAGCGCGUGAAAGUCCAAGGGAAAGAAAAAAAAAAGCACUAAGGUUACGAGUGUGUGCAUGCAUGUAAGGGAGGGAAAAAAACAGUUUUUCCUGGUUGUCUAGUUUCCUUUAAAUGUUUAAAAUGUGUAUAUGAAUGAUGCUAAAGAGAAGUUUUUGCUGACAAAGCCUUGAUCUGAAGGUCGAUAAAGAUGAUGCUGGUGGAUUAUGUAAUUUAUGGUCGAAUCAGAAGCUUAAACGCUGUCGUCACAAAAAGCAGCAGCAGCGUAACUUUCCUCACAUUUCAGACACGAAGCUCGAGGUUUGCUUGCUUUGGAUCUCCCAGCACAAAGAAACUAAAAGAGCUCGAAAGCACGCAAACCUCGACGUGUGUCGCACAGUUUAUUUAGGAACGUUGUUGGAACCCAGAGUGACGCGACGGAUGUGUAACGGGAAAACACACACAGACAGACAGCAGUAAUUCCUUCUACGCUCCCGUUAAACCCGCCUCGUCCUUUUCCUGGCACCAGCUGCUCCGCGACCUUUCACCUUUGACUGGCGGGGUUGCGUUAAUGCUUUGUUGAGCAGAGCGGCGGCCCGUGUUGUGUUUACAGUUCAGUCAGACCUUCUGGAUAACACUAAGCAUUAAUGGAGACCCGUUAGAUGUAGAAAAAAGUGGACAACAGUCUAUAGUUGUACCUCUCUGGUUGACGAUUAAACCCAUAAAUUACAUAUUUGGCCGCUUUUUUUUCCAUUAAAGUACUCCUGAAGAUGGCUUAGAUGUCAUUGCACUGUUGCCUCCACCUCAGCUGCAGCUCGAGCACACCAGCUGCUCCAACACUGCUCAGCUGCUCUCGAGUAGCGUCGGAGUAACUCAGCCGUUAGAGCCGGACACAGAUUCUGACGAGGAGAACAAGUUGAGUUGACGGGAUUAGCUUGUUGGGUUUGUCAGUCUUGGGUGUUUAUGAGACGGUGGAAACGCUCGGCCGUGGUGUUGACAUGUCGUUUGGCUCAUGAUGUGUCUUCUAGGAUGAAAAAAAACCCACCAUAUGUACGAGUUAACUUUGGUCUUUAGAGCAGAAAUGCAUGACCUCUAUACAUGCAGACGGGGUCAAGAGGUUUUAGAUCUGAAAGACGGAGUCAAGAUGAGAGUCCAUCUGUACAGAGGAGAGUGCAAGGACAACGAAAACAAUACAAUCAGCUGCAAAAGGCAAAAGGUCACCUGAGAGUUUAAAACCAGCACAAGAAUGCAGGAAAAAGCAGUGAAAGGUGAAGAAGACGGAUGGCAAUGGUUGAUUCUUGGCCUCACUUUAGCUUCUGAUGCCGGACGAGUCGAGCUUGUGUGACUCGUCACCAAACUACGAUGUCUGAAUGCUGCGUUUUGUAGGUUCUGUUGUCUUUUUUGCAUUAAACCCCUCUAUAAUACGUACUGCCAGUGAUUAGAUUGUUAUCUCGGCCUACGGUAGAGUCCCUGCAGCUCAGAUGCUGCUCGUCUCCGGGCGCACCUCUUCAUAGCUGUGUGAUAAAGCGUCGUCUCAAGAUGGCUCCAGAAACAUGACAGAAACUUGUAUUUUUUCCAGCUGCCUGCACUCGGCUCAGCGGAGCACCUUUGGGAUGAGCAGGAACAGGAUAACCGCAGCACCAAAAAGAAAAACACCUCAGCUCACAAAAAGAAUCUGCAGGAAUUGAUCGGCUUUAUCAAAAAAAAUCCCCGUGAAACAUUUCCUUGAUAAAUUCAAAGCGUUCGACGUGCUCGGCAGGCAGAUGCUACCGAGGCCUGAGAGGGAUUUAAAUACUGAAGUGGCAAUCGAGUGCGUAUAAAUAUAAUGUUGUGUAGCGUCGGGGCAGAAAAAGUCAAACGCAUAAAGACGCCAGUCAACAAGCGGCAGCGUAACUCUGCACCUGCAGCGUGGAUCAGUGUCGCGGAACUCCAGGGUGAAGUCAUCAGAGGUCAAACGGUCUAAAUCGGUCCAGAGGAGAUGGGCGGAGUUUACAAAGUGCUUGUGUGCGUUUUCACAUUUAAGCCGACUCAUAAUGGGGUUCAACAAUUUUCCGAUUUCUGUUCAUACAUUUAAAAAAAAAAAGAAAAAAGCUUCUAAAAUUAACUGUAAAUUACUUCCUGUCUAGGUGGAAAGGUGGAAUCUGAUUGGCCGGAAUCUACAUGUUGAAACAAAUCCCUGUAAAGGCACUGGGUUGUACAUAACGAACAUUUAAAAAAAACAAAUGAAUAUUGAAGUUUUGUUUAUGAUUUUCUACUCCGUAACUAUAACUAAUGUUACCUACUUGUACCCGCCCACCUGCUGCCGUGCUACAGUUUAAUCCACAAUGUUUUAUGUUUUUAAUGUUUUGUUUUUUUUUAAGUUUUUUGUUUUGUUUUCUGGCUCCAAGCUUCUCAGUCUGACUGCUGUUUGGUUAAUUAAAUGCCAAAACGUAGCUUUAUCAUCCAACGACAAAAACAUUAUCAACGUGUGGAAAUUGUAAUAGUGUAGAAUGCAUUGUGUAUACUUCAUGAAUUUCAUUAUAAAGAUAUCAACACAAGAAAA